CAGGACAGUGAUUUUACUGAAUUUAUUGAAUUAUUGAUUAUUCCUUAUAAAAGCAGAAUUUGGUUAAUAAUUUUGUGCAAUAAGAGCGCGCACCAUGUCUAUAGCGACGAAGCGGAAACACGUCUUCCAGGAGCUCGACGAUAUGAGCCUCCCCACGGAUUCGCAAACUAUCGUGCGAAUCGUUGCAGCUCGCGGCCAUAAUCUCCACGAAGUCGUCACUGCGGAUGGAGAACAGUACCUCGUUUCGAUGCCCACAAAAUUCAGACAAAAUAUCUUUGUGAAGAGGGGUGACUACAUUGUUAUCGAGCCGAUCAAGGAAGGCAAGAAAGUCAAAGGCGAAAUUGUCAAGAUACUCACAAAGGAUCACAUAACGUUGUACCGCGCGCAGAACUGUUGGCCGUCAAAAUUUGACGACGAUCUGAAAAGGAACGGGCAUUCGAUAGAAACAAAUUAUACGACGUGCGACGACGAGGAGCUUUUCGUAAAUACGAAUAGGUGCCAUAACAGUCAAUUAGACGAUAGUGAGAGCGAUUCAGACUCUAGUGACUCUAAUUAGCGUAAGACCGACAGACUUUCCUUUUGCACACAUUGCAAAUAUGUAUAAUUUUGUACUUGUUAGUAAAAAAAUCUCCUAUUUUUAU